AUGUGGCAUUGGAACGGACCAGGCACAUUCAGGCUAGCUUUAGCAGCAGCUAGUCUACUGCUUCCUGCGACUACCUCUCAUCCAUUUCUCAGACAUCCUUUGAGAAUGGCUGCUACCGUCGCUACCUCCUCCAAGGUGGUCGUCGCGCCCCGCGCGGCCCUUUCCCAGGGCAGCAGCGCUGGCUCCAGCUCUGUCAGGGCGUCCGCCGGCAUCAGGUCCUUCAACGGCCUGGUCGCUGGUAACAAGGACAACCAGAAGUUCGCCAACAUUUUCGCCGUUGAGCACGACAUCCACUCCGCCGUCGCCUCGCACGUCGCCAAGGCGGGCAAGGGCACCCGCGGUGUGGUAACCAUGGCGAAGAAGAGCGUGGGUUCGCUGACGGAGGCGGACCUGAAGGGCAAGCGCGUGUUCGUGCGCGCGGACCUGAACGUGCCGCUCGAUGCGGACUUCAACAUCACCGACGACACGCGUAUCCGCGCCGCCGUGCCGACCAUCAAAUACCUCAUGGAGAAGGGCGCUAAGGUCCUCCUCACCAGCCACCUGGGUCGCCCGAAGGGUGUGACUGAGAAGUUCCGCCUGACCCCGCUCGUGAACCGCCUGUCGGAGCUGCUGGGCAUCAAGGUCGAGAAGACCAGCGACUGCAUCGGCGAGGAGGUCGAGAAGGCCGUCGCGGCGCUCCCCAACGGCGGAGUCGUGCUGCUCGAGAACGUCCGCUUCUACCCCGAGGAGGAGAAGAACGUCAAGGAGUUCGCUCAGAAGCUCGCGGCCAACGCCGACCUGUACGUCAACGACGCGUUCGGCACGGCGCAUAGGGCGCACGCCUCCACCGCCGGAGUGACGGAGUUCCUCAAGCCGUCCGUCGCCGGGUUCCUGCUCCAGAAGGAGCUUGACUACCUCGAUGGCGCCGUCGCCAACCCCACCCGCCCCUUCGCCGCGAUCGUCGGCGGCUCCAAGGUGUCUUCCAAGAUCGGCGUGAUUGAAUCCCUGCUCGCCAAGUGCGACAUUCUGCUGUUGGGCGGCGGCAUGAUCUUCACCUUCUACCGCGCGCUCGGGUACAAGACUGGCGCGUCGCUGGUGGAGGAGGACAAGGUGGAGCUGGCGACGAGCCUGAUCAAGAAGGCGGAGGAGAAGGGCGUCAAGCUGCUGCUGCCCACCGAUGUUGUCAUUGCUGACAAGUUCGCCCCGGACGCCAACUCCCAGAUUGUGUCGGCCAAGGAAAUCCCCGACGGCUGGAUGGGUCUCGACAUUGGCCCUGACUCCGUCAAGACGUUCAACGAGGCGCUCGACACCUCCAAGACCGUCAUCUGGAACGGCCCGAUGGGUGUGUUCGAGUUCGACAAGUUCGCCGUCGGUACCGAGGCCGUCGCGAAGAAGCUCGCGGAUCUGAGCGGCAAGGGCGUGAUCACCAUCAUUGGUGGCGGUGAUUCCGUGGCGGCUGUUGAGAAGGUGGGAGUGGCUGACAAGAUGAGCCACAUCUCCACCGGUGGCGGUGCCUCCCUGGAGCUUCUCGAGGGCAAGGUGUUGCCAGGUGUUGCUGCUCUCAAUGACGCCUAG